UAUUUCAAUUAUGGACAAGAAUCCUGGUUCCCUGACUCCAGAGGGGAUUCUGAGAGAGAUUCAGAUCAAUUUAUUGGAGUGUAAAGUCUGCUUCGAGAAGUUCAGCACUCAGCAGAGGCAGCACAGACCACAGAACCUUUCCUGUGGCCAUGUACUCUGUCUGGAAUGCAUCACCGCUCUGUCCCACCCUCUCCUGAGGAAGCUGGAGUGCCCGUUCUGUCGACAGCUGUGCAGUGUUGACAGCACAUCCCACUGCCAGGUUCUUAGUGACCUGCAGGAGCUGCUGUUGUCUUGGAGUCCCACAUCAUCUACUCCUACUCACAGGGCAAAGGGAGGCCUUGGCUUGGCUGCAGGUCUGACAUCUACAGCUUUGCACCUUGACAAAACCUUUGGCGGGUGGGGGACUCUCGUCAACCCCACUGGGAUAGCCGUUUUGGGGUGUUCAGGGACAAUAGUGGUGGUGCACGAUGGAGAGAAGAGGGUUGUGGUGUUCAGUCCACAGGGCAAGAAGCUGCACAGUUUUGGGCGAAGAGGACUAGCCAGUGGAGAGAUCUGUUACCCAUUGGAUGUGGCGGUGACUCUCUGUGGUUACGUGGUGGUGACUGAUGCAGGGGAUAAAGCUGUAAAGGUUUUUACAUCCAGGGGGAACCAUGUAGUGACGGUGAAAGAAUCCUUCCAGAUGCCCUGGGGUGUGGAUACAGACAGCUGUGGCCACAUCCUGGUCUCAGACGUCCAGGCCGGCACGCUGUCCCAGGUCAAAGUGGACUAUACUCACGGUCUCAUUCUGGAGCAUCAAACAGCCUUUUCAGGCCUCCAGCAUCCAAAAGCGGUGGCCUGCUGUCAUGUGACUGGGAACACUGCAGUGAUGGAGCAUCUACCUGGUGACUCAUAUCCACCAGGGAGGCACCAACACACAAGACUGAGAGUGCUAACAAAAGACUUCCACCUACUUUGUCAGACAGACAGUUUUAGCCUGACCCUGCAGUCCACAGUGAGGCUGAACAUGUCAGGUGUGGCCUUUGACAGAGAUGGAGAUGUGAUUGUGAUUGACUCCAAUCAGGGAAUGAUUUGGAGUUUGGGGAAGCUCCAGAAUGGCCCAGCCCUGACUCCUCUUGUCGGAGACCACCUUAUCCGUCCAGUUGGACUGGUGUCACUGAACAACAUGGUGGUCAUUCUGGACAGUGGAAACCAUACAGUGAAGAUUUAUUCUGCUAAAUCUGUAGCUAGAACAAUGAUAUAGCUCAUGUUUGAACAGGCCUAGAUGUGAAA